AUGGAUCAAGCCACUCAACAUCUCUACAUGAAUAAGGGCAUUUCAGAAUUUAGUUAUUCCUCUAACUCACCGGUUUCGAAGCAAGCUAUAUAUAAAACGAAGAUAGUGGUAGAGGAAGCAAUACUGGACAUACUAUCAAAGUUCUCUAGUAGUACCAGCAUCUCUGCAGCCGAGAAGAUUCGGAGUAUAUGUGUUGCAGAUUUAGGUUGUUCUUCUGGCCCAACUGCACUGCUGGUCAUUUCUAAUCUGCUGGACACUAUCUACAACAAAUAUCGCGAGUCUACGAUGGUUAUGACCGAGAUCCUCGUGUUUCUUAAUGAUCUUCCUGAGAAUGACUUUAACACCCUUUUCAAGUAUUUAAAAAGUUUUUGUGAGGAAUUAAGAAAUACCAAAGGAGAUGGUUUUGGACCAUGUUUUGUUGCUGGGAUGCCUGGCACAUUUUAUGGUAGACUUUUUCCAAGUAACACUGUUCACUUUGUUCAUUCUUCCUACAGUCUCCACUGGUUAUCUCAGGUGUCUAGUUCAGAUCCUACCAAUAAAGAGUCUUGCGCUUUAUUUGGGCUAUUAUCCAUGGCACUCAGGGACAUGGUUUCAAAGGUAUACCAAUGCAUGUGA